AGAUAAGCUUUCCGUCAGUGUGGUUGAAUAUUGGUUGGUUGGGGUUUUUUCCACAGCUCCAAAAACUGAGGACUAUACUUCUGUGGUUAGUGUGAUAGGUUUUUUUUGGUUUUUAAAACUUGUGCGUGAGUGUAUAUGAAUGAUUUAAAAAAUGUGGUUCCAUGAUUCAAUUAUACAGUUCAUCAAUUGUAUUUUAAGACGUUUUCGUGUAUUCGGUGUAUGAAACUAAAUCAAAAUCAUCAUUUUGGAAUAUUUUUUCAUUAAUAAGAACAUCGACAGCAGAAGAAGCAAUACCGUCACAACCGGUGGACAUCGUUAGUAAGAUAAAGCCGAAUGAGGAUGCGGAGAAAAUAUGUGGAUGUAAUUUUCAUAAAGUUGAUUACGAAGAAAUCAUAAUUGAAAGCUAAAAUAUAAAACGCUGAAGAAACUGAAAUCGCCAAGUAGCAAACAUCUCUUGCCUCUAGAGCAAUCUGUCGCAUAGUUUAUGUGAGGAUUCCGAAAGUCAAAAGAUUAGCAAUCAAAUGCUAUCAAUAUGGCGACAGCGAUAGAGGAAGCAGUGUUUAACGCUCUAAGAGGACAUCACAAUGAACACACGAAGCUCCCGUCUCCUAGGAUAAUUAAGAUUUAUAUAGCAAGUCUAAAAGAUGACUUCAAAGAGGAACGUCGUCUGCUGCUGGAAAUUAUUGGUCCAGAUCUUCAAGCCUUGUAUGACGACCGACAACUAGAGAUUGAAAUAGUUGACAUCCACUUCGGAACCGGUAGUGAUGGGCUAACAAUAGUAGACCUAGAUCCGUACGUGCUCGAUGAUCACCUGGAGGAAAUAGAAACAUGCCACUGCGUCUCGAAAAGUGUAUUUCUAAUCGUACUGCUGGGGUCACGUUUGGGCAAUUUUUUACUGCCAACAAAACUCGACUCCAGCAUAUUUACGGCCAUUUCUAAGCUAUCCACCGACGACGAAGUUCAGUGUUUGCGGAAGUGGUAUACAUGCCCGAAGACGAACAUUCAUCAGACAGAAGACACCCAGCAUGGAGAAGGUUGCUACUGGCUCGCCACGAACUACAGGACACUGGAUAGGGCAGAAUGGGUGACAGAGGCACAGCAGUUACGCGAGCUGCUAGAACGAAAAAUAGACGAAGUGCUUCGCGCUGCUGAGACCAAAGAAACAUCAGCCGGAGAUGGAUUGGACGGGGAACAAUUCUGUGAUAAUCUGAAACGACUGAAAACCAGAGCUAUCGCACGGGAAAUUGAAAAGGGUUUAGCGUGUUCGUCGGGACGCAUUUUGACACUUUUCCGCCAUUGGAAAAACCAGCCAGAGAACGAUUCCACCGAGCUCGAAGAAGACGGACACUUGGGUUCGAAUACAGGCACGGAAGUGAAGCAGCUGGAAACCAACCUCAUAGAAGCAUUACCUGCCAGCAACCACCAAACAUUAACCGUUGAUUGGGCGGAAAAUGGAAUCGACCCCGAGCACGAGUGUCACGAUCUGUACUUGACUAGCUUCAAGAACAAAAUGUUCGAAAUGAUGAAGGCUUCCAUCGAUCAGGACUUGGCCAAGGAUCCAAACGGGGGCAAAGGACGUAAGAAAACUGUACAGGAAAUUUUCCACGAGCACUCAACACAUUUAAUGUAUUUAAAUGAGCACCUGAGUGCAAAUAAGUACAUCUCGUCGAAAGUUCCGGAGCGGAUAAAACAAAAUGUGCAGAUGAACUUCCGUUCGGGUAGCCGGCAUCCGCCAUACUUCAUUCACGGUGGACACGGUAGCGGUAAAAGUACUCUACUGUCUCGUAUCUACACCGAACUGACAGGAUGGUUCGAGCAUACCAAAGUACACCGGGUGAUACGAUACGCUUCUGCUACUCCCCGAUCAGCGUACAAUUUGGAAUUGCUGCGUGUCAUCUGUCAACAGCUGGCCAUCAUCUUAAACAUCCCCGAAGGCUACUUGCCCAAGGAUGCAUCGUUUGACCCACUCUAUAUUAACAACUGGUUUCAAAAUUUGCUAAAGCACUGCGAAGACCUGCACAACGAGAUACUCUUUCUGUUCAUCGAUGAUCUUCACCGACUGAACCCGCUGGACUGCGAUAUUGUGGCUGCGUUGUCUUGGCUUCCAAUAAGUCUCCCUUGGAACGUAUUUCUGGUCGUAUCUACCACUGUGCCGAUCGAGUCACUCCGGUUGACACCAAUGCAGAAGGAGCGUUUUAAGUGUGCAGACUAUUUUUUCGACCUGUCGUUGGAGCAAAAUGAAACAAAAAUUAAACACUGGGGUGUGGUACCUUCCUGUACCGAGGCGCCACCAGACGAAUUACCUACGUUCGCACAACUUGUAAACGGUUUGUUCGAUGCGAUGGAGCAGCAGUUUGGCGUGAAGGGCUUCAGUCGGCUAGCCAUCUAUAUCACGUGCUCGGAGUAUGGGUUAACCGAGACGGAGUUGCUAGAGCUGCUAAUGCCAACGCAAGACGCGGAUCUGGUCAUCAAAAGCAAUGAAGGAGACUUCAACUUUUCCACCUUCCGUACAAUACGCAAUCAAAUGAAACUCAUACUAAGGGAGAAGCUUAUGUCCGGUAAGCUGUUGAUCGUCUGGCGGCACAGCAUAUGUGCGGAGAUAACCAGAGUUCGCUACAUGACACCGGACAUUACCCGUUCCAUUCACUCGGAGUUGGUGAAUCUGUUCUUUCCCCCGGACGGUGACGAUAGCGAGGACAUGUCGACCGAACAGCACAGCAGAAAAUCGAGUAUGCAAACACAACAAGACGACAAUGUAACGCAAGUGCUAAAUCUAGGGCCUGAUAUUUCGUACAGCAUACGGCAUGUAGAGGAAGCCUGGCACCACCUAAUCAAAUCUGAGGACACGAAAAAGCUGAAGGAAAUUGCUGUGUGCAACUUUGACUUCUUACUGGCUGCCGUGCAAACAGUGUCUAUCAGUUAUCUGCGCUGCCUGAUUGAACACGUCCGAUGUUACAUCCUAGACAGGGAUAUCGAGCUGGUGUAUUACACAAUUCGGAAGUCGAGUGAUGUUCUGACACGUGACCCAAUGCAGCUGGGGGCCCAGUUGAUUUCAUGGCUAAAAUCUGUGUCAGCACACGAGGGACCGCAAGCCCUACUAAGUGUAACUGUGCAAUCAGCAACAGCAUGGUGUGAUGGCUAUACCGUGCCAUUGCUUGUUCCGUUGACUGGUUGGCUUCCAGUUCCCCUGCCCAGUCAAAUUCGCUGCAUUACAGUUCCUGGACCAGGUCCAGUGCGAUGCAUCGAAGUUUCGCCGUCCAAACAACACCUGAUAUUGUCACCAAAAGUCGGAGAUCCCCAGCUGUGGCAUAUCAUGAGUAACAGUUUAGUUCAUACAUUUAAAGGUCAUAGCGGUCCGAUUACGUACAUGAAAGUCCUGUCGCAGUAUCUGGUCACAGCGUCCGAGGACACAUCCGUUAUCGUUUGGGACAUGAAAACCCUGGCAAUGAAGUUGAGAUUACGUGAACACAUUGCUCCGGCAUUAUGUGCGACUUUGGCAUUGGACAACAAGUACGUCAUUAGCGGAAGUGAUGAUUCCAGUAUUAUAGUUUCACUUUUGGAAACAGGAAAACUGGUAACCAAAUUUGAUCAUCACCGUGGUCCUGUGUCAGCACUGCAUAUGAGCUACCCCAGUGAAGUCCUCGUUUCAUCCAGUCACGAUGCAACGGUAUGUCUGUGGUCUCUGGAAAACUUUACACUACUCAACUGCAUCCAGAUGUCGCAGCCCAUUCUCAAUAUGCAGAUUUCGUGCGAUUCGACAUUCCUGCUGGCACAUUGCGCCGACAAUGGUUUGUAUCUACGCUCGCUGACCACGGGUACGGAGCUUCACGCCUUGAAAGGACACAAAUCGAAGGUACGAGCUCUUUGUAUAGCUAUGGACAGUCAGCGAGCGAUCGUUGGAGGUGAGGACACAAGAGCACUGAUCUUUGACAUGCAUUCGGGCCGUGUGAUUCGUUCACUGCCCCCGAAUCCUGGCGCCGUUACAGCGGUGUAUGUGAUGGAGAAGGACGACUACCUUAUUACGGCAGGUGGUAACAAAAUCACGUUCUACUCAUUCCGCAACGAAGAUUCCAUUGUCAAUUUCUAUCCAAAGAAGAAGAAAACACUUAAAAAGUUUCAUCGAAACCGGUUGGCUUUACAAUCAACUUCAAGUCCAGUGAUCUGUUUCGAUGUAUCGCGUGAUUCUACAAUGGCAGCUGUAGCGUCUAGUCGGUGCGUUCAGAUUUGGCAGCUGAAUUCACCAGAACUGACCAGUAUACUGGAGGGCCACUCAGCAACGGUAACAUGUGUGAGUUUUGCACCAAACUGUGAAUUGGUCGCCUCUGGCUCAGAGGACAAAACUGUGAACGUUUGGAGCCUAGGGCUGGGUACAGUGACUGCAACCUUCAAAGGCCACUGUACCUCGAUCAGUUCUGUGACUUUCAUGAUGGAUGCAAGACGUAUUAUAUCUGCCGAUCGGGAUGGUUUGUUGUACGUAUGGAUAUCCGACUCAGGUAUGAUUCUGCAAAGUGUUCAGGGUCCGCACAAGUGUCUAUCCGUGACAAACAAUAUGAAGUUUGCGGUGUGCACUAACGGAGACUCUAGUCUGCGUAUCUGGUCGUUGACGCGUGAAGAUGAGAAGUAUACAGUGUCACAUUCGGACGAGAUUACCUGCUUUAUCAUCACAGCCGACUCACUAUACGUCAUAACUGGAUCAAGGGACAUGUCACUGAAGGUGUGGCAGGCUACGGGAGGUAAACUGGCACAGGUUCUAGUCGGACAUACGGAUGCAGUUACUUGCGUUGCCGUGUCAGUUACCAACAAGAGCCAGGUGAUAUCAGGAUCAAAGGACUCGAAUCUAAUUAUAUGGGAUAUUCAUACUGGUGAGGAAAUACAUACGCUUGCUGGUCACCUCGGCCCCGUGACUUGCGUUAAAGUGUCGGCUGAUGGUACUACAGCUGUCUCCGGAAGUGACGAUAAGACACUUAUCGUAUGGGAAACGAAACGCGGUUUAGCAUUGACCUCUCUGCAGUUACACGUGCAGUUCACUCGUUUCGAUAUUAGUCUUGAAUGUUCUCGAAUAGUCGUGCAGCUGGUGGAUAAUUCUUGUCUACCCAUCAUCUGCCUCCACAACUCGCCGGCCAGCUACAUAAAGCUUCCGACCUAUUCGGCUCCGGCACGAGAUGUUGAGGACCUUCGACCGGCCGGGCCAAAGCGCCCUGCUCGUCGUCUGCUCAAGAAGGAGGUGUCGCUAGAUACAUACACAUGGCAGAAAAAGUAUGCUCACCUCACAUCCUCGGUUAUGAUGGCUCAGGUUGACGAGCGUCUCAAACGACGGUUCUCAGUGUCCGCCAGCAUGGAAGAAAUUUCUAAGCUAGCCGAAGCUAAGAAUGUUGAAUCGCAAGCUACUCUUGGACCGGAGCAGGCAGCACUCGCACAAUCCCAGCACUUUGAUCAACUGGAGGCUCUGUGGAAUAAACGAUCGCCUCCCAGACGCAGACUUAAUGCGUCACUCUCUCGCCAAUCGUCACUCGUUGAGGAUCGAAUUGAUUCGUCUGAUGAAGAUGAGUUCCAGGAGGAACGCGCAGAUGUCCUAGCCGAUUGAAAAUAAUGUAAUGGAUACUUAUACAUUGCCGUAGGUAUUGCAGUAUUAAUUUUUCAAUAAUUCGUUUCAUGCCUGAUAAGGCGGACGCAUUUAUAUUAAAUGGUUAGUACAAUCGUUCACAACAGUGGUUUUAGAACAGUGAGGACAAUUCUGAUUACAUUCCAGAGCAAAAAUCAUAGAAUUUUAGUUUUGCCUUCUGCACCUAGUGCGCAGACGUCGUAACUAAAAAGUAUCUUCCGUAAAGCUCCCAUAAUCAUUCAAAAGCUUCAUUCAUGCAAAUAGCACUGAAAGUUCAUAAAAUGUUACAAGAGCUUUUUUGCCAUAAGCGAUAAAAGGGUAAGUUCCUUGUGAAAGCGCAAUGAAUGACUAGACAGGAAAAUCCUCUUUUCAUUGAUUUAUAACAAAUAGGCUUUUAUCAUAUCGUACCAAAAGCUCAUAAAAGGCCGUGAGAUGUAUUUUGAGUCAUUCCUAGAAGAUUUGAUUCAAUCAAUAGAAGAAGAUCUAGUUUAUGCAACCAGUACGUACUUUCAUCGUUCGAUGUUUCCCUGCAAGUAGCAGUGUAUGUAUUGCUGUAGUGAAGGUACUGAGUCGAUUGAUUGUAAAAACAAAUCGUUUCCGAAUGCUUUCCUACAGUGUUGUAGGCGAUUAAAUAUUAAGAUGUUAUUAGUAGUAAAAGUAGCAAUAGUGGAGCAUUUUAAUGAUAAAAUAAAACUGAAUAAGAAGCAGACGUUGAGCAUUAGCGAGUAAGAUGAACCACAUGUUUUACGCUAUCAAAAGCAGAUAACGCAAAUAUACGCGCUAUAGCUGAUAUUCGUAGCAAUAUUAAUUAUUAUUACCAAGUAAACUGAACUGCAAAACAAUGAUAAAAAAAACUAUUCAUGUAUUGAUCAUGUGUAGAACUGAAUGUCAUUUCUGGCAAUACAUGUCUACGAUUUUUUUAAUACAACUCUAAAACAAGGGAUAUAAUUACAACCAAGAAAGAGUAGGUCGGGUUCCAGUAAUCCAGUAGCGCGUAAACAGUAGAACAAUGAAUGGGUAAAGUAAAAAUGUCAUGUGUGGUGUCUAAACAAGAUGAAUAUUAUUCUCUUAUAUUAUGCUAUACACCUUCCACUACGAAAGUAAAACAAGUGAACUGCACUGAUCUACGAUACCUUUACGAGAGAUAGAAGUCUUGUAGUGUACUGAACCUUUUUCUAGCACCGACAAUCAUGAUUGUUUGUUGACCGAUUUCUACAAUCAAGAACUUUCUGGAGCAGAAGAAAAACCAUGUUUUGCUGAGCCAAUUUAUUGGACCAUUGUUUGUCCCGUUACACCUUUUCUAGUUAAUGAGAUAUUUUGGAUCCAUUUAAGGGUUAAAAUUGAUGUUAAUGUAGAACAAUCAACUACUAUACGCACAUGUUAGGUACCAUAUGAACUAUAUAUGCAUGAUUGCGUUUUCCAUUACGAUUGUGUUCAAAUUGGUAUAUGAAUGAAAUGUUGUUCAACUUUUACUUCAAAUUUGUUUACUCCAUAGCUUCAAAUAACUUCAAUCUCCGACUUUAUUGCGUAUUAGAAUAAAUUUAAGGAAUUUCAAUGAUUUUUAUUUGUUUACAAUUAAUGUACCUUCCUACCUAUUUCAUAUGUCAAUAACUUGGAAUAUUAAUAAUUAAGAAGCCUUUUCGUAUUAUGCAAAGCAAUCAUUUAUUAUGUACUCUAUUAAAGUAUGUUUUAUUCUGAAAAGUAAAAUAAAGUGUGUUACUGUGAGGUAUGCAAACCAGUAGCAUAGAAAUACAAAUAACAAGAAACGAUAAACUUUAAUGUUAUGCAACCUGUAGUGACAAAAGUCAAUCAAAAAGUGAGAUGCCACUAAUAAAAAUAUCCUACAGCAA